AUGCCCAGGUCGGCAGUCACCAACAGAGAGAUGCCCGCGGCGCAGGGGAAGACCGGCGAUCGAAGCCCCCACGAUCGAAGCCCCCACAAGGCUAGAUCUGAAACCACAUCAACGACCUCCACCCAGACCCCUCCCUCACCAGCCGAAAAGGUCUGGGCGCCUUUGACCGUGGGCAGUAUAAAAUAUUUCAGUCGUCACAAAGGGGAGGUCAAUUCGUGCGCCUUCUCCCCGGACACCCGGAUCCUCCUCACGUGCUGUGAUGACAACAAGGUGUACAUGUGGGGGGCUCGGACUGGGAAUUUGCUGCGGAAGCUGCAGGGCCACAAAGGUCCGGUGUUAUUCUGCAGAUUCUCUUCUGAUGGCAAAUUCUUUGCGAGUGCCUCUCGUGACUGCACAGUCCGGCUGUGGGAUGCCCAAACCACCAAAUGCCUCCAGGUUCUGAGAGACUGGGCAGGAGGUCAGUGCUGGGGGCUCAUUGUUUGUAUUUUACGUACUUUGUCUUGCACUGGGGUCUUCCAGGUCACUCCCGGGGUGUGGAGACGGUCAGCUUCAGCCCAGACUCCAAACAGCUGGCAUCUGGAGGCUGGGACCACAAGGCUAUACUCUGGGAAGUGCAGACGGGCCGAACCAUCACUCAACUCCUUGGACAUCAGGAUGCCAUCCAAAGCAGUGACUUUUCUCCCAAUUCAGAAUAUCUUACAGGCUACUGGCUCCUGGGAUUCUACAGUUCAAGUCUGGGAUCUGCGCACAUUGGAUAAGAUUAACAAAAAAGUACUGGAAGGCCACAAAGGAAAUGUCAGCUGCGUGUGUUUCUCCCCAUCUGGGCUCUUGGCCUCAGGUUCCUGGGACAAAACGAUCCGCAUCUGGAAGCCUGAGACAGGGAAGCUCCUCGCUAAACUCUUAGGACAUCUGACCUGGGUGAAGAGCAUGGCCUUCUCUGCUGAUGGGCUUCGCAUGGCUAGCUCAGAGUACUCCGAGUUGGUUAAAAUCUGGGAUUGUACGACUGGAAAAUGCACAGAGAGCCUAAGGGGAGUUUUAGAAGUGGCCCACGUCUGCGCUUUUACCCCAGAUGGGAAGUUGUUGGUUUCAGGGUCGGCUGAUCACCGAAUAUUCGGAGAAGGAAUUGCAGAUCAUCAAGUACUUGGAGAAUAUUCCAAGCGCUGUCAGAUGAAUCAUUCGGCAACCCCAAAGUCAGCUCUAAGUGACAGCUGCUUCAAGACCACUGAAAUAAGCAAUCCAAGUCUACAUUACCCGGAACCAGGAGCCAAAAUGAAGAGAGUUAAAAGCAGCACCAUUUCCACCUUAGGAAAAGAACACUGA